AGAUUGAUAGCUUUAUGUCAACAAGAUUGGCUAAUGAGAAUGAUGCAAAUAGAAGUUAAAGUUGGAAUUCUUAAUCCAGUUUGAUGGAGUGACCUCUAAUUCUGAUGAUCUUGUGAUCGUAAUUGGUGCAACCAAUAAGCCACAAAAAUUAGAUGAUGCUGUCUUCGCAGACUGGUUAGGAAGCAACUAUUAUAUUUAUCCAUACGUGUUCGGUGCAGGCUGGAAAGACUUUGCCAUCGACAACAAGCUGAAAAUUGGUGACUAUGUGAUAUUUUAACUCAUUGAUAGACUUCCAGAGGCAACAUUUGUAAUGAACUUUCAUAUCUACCAAAUUCCAGUUUCUGUUCCUUCGCCAGUUCCUGCAAAAGAAAGUAAUGGACCACCAGAAGAAUGUUUCACUCGUGUACCGUCUUCUCCGCUUGCACAAGAAAGAAAGAGACGUGGAAGGCCAUGUGAAAAUUCGACGAUAAAAAAGGGAGGUUCUGAUAAUCACGCAGGAGCAUCUCCGAGGGAAGUCAUGUCGUUUAGUUCUCCGUUUCCUUUUUUUUGGACCUGUGUGAAGCACUUCAAUGAUAUUCGUCUGACUAUACCAAUUAAAUUUGCAAGAGAACAUCUUCCAGCUAAGGUAACAUAUCCAAAAAGUGGGGAAGAAAAAAAUCAUUGUCUUGCUACAAAAUGAGGAAGGCUGCAGUUGGGAGCUUCGUGUCUUAGGAAAUGUAAGUCAAUACAUUUUCAGUGAAGGCCUGAAAAAGUUUGCCACCAGACAACAACCCGAAAAUUGUCGAUUAUGUGAUUUUUGAACUCAUUGAUACACUUCCAGAUGCAAAGCUUGUAAUGAACUUCAUAUCCAUGACUUGUAGUUGAUGAUGAUUCAGAUGAAGAAUAAAGCUGCCAUUCAGGGUGUCAUUCAUUAGAACUUCCA